AUGGCCAGUGGUGUACUGCAAAUCGUUGGACUGGUAGUUGGUGGCAUUGGCUUAGCUGGGACUUUUGCAGUCACUGGCAUGCCUCAAUGGAGAGUAACUGCCUUUAUUGAAAACAACAUUAUAGUAUUUGAGACCAUUUGGGAAGGACUAUGGAUGCACUGCAUCAGACAAGCCAACAUCAGGAUGCAGUGCAAAGUCUACGACUCCCUCUUGGCACUCUCACCUGAUCUACAGGCAUCCAGAGGACUGAUGUGCUCUGCUUCAGCACUCUCAUUCCUUGCUUUUAUGAUAGCCGUUAUGGGCAUGAAGUGCACUCAGUGCACUGGGAACAACAAGCGAAUCAAGGGUCACAUUCUGCUGGCAGCUGGAAUUCUCUUCAUCCUAUCUGGUAUUGUUGUGUUCAUCCCAGUGUGUUGGGUUGCCAAUACCAUCAUCAGAGACUUCUACAAUCCAGUUGUCAAUGUAGCACAAAAACGAGAACUUGGGGAGGCCCUCUACAUAGGCUGGGUAUCCGCAUUCUGUCUCAUCGCUGGGGGAGCAAUAUUCUGUUGUUUCUGCCGUUGUAAUGAGAAAACCAGAAACUACAGAUUCUCAGCGCCUUCACAUCAUACAUCUUACAAAACUCAUCAGAUGCAAAGGAAAACUGAAAGCUCAUAUUCCAAAAGUCAGUAUGUCUAGUUGCUUCUUGGUCUUUUAGCUCAGCAAGUCAGUCUUUGUGAACGGACUUCAACGUUCACACUGAACUACAAGUAGGUCAGAGGAAACUUUAUUUGUAUUUCAUGCCUUAAACUACAGUAGCCAUCCUUAAAUUCAUGGACUAUAGUUAAAAUCUAUAAACUCUAUCAUGGCUAAUACUGCAACACAGACAACGUAUUAUGAAGUUUUAUCACAAGAGAAAAAAAAGUUACACCUUUAUCUUUUUAGGUGUUUUAAA